ACCUGGGUUUUUUUGUUUUUCUUUGCUUUUUGUUUUUUUUGGUUUAUAGGUUCUUUUUUUCCGUUUGAGCAAGACUGAGUGAGAAGCUGAGAAGCAGCUGGCAAUGGGUCCCCAGACAAUGCAGAAUUUACAGCAACUAUUGAAGGCGUUCUUGGACUCACGUUGCUUUGAUAGAGUUUUAGGAAAGGUUACUCUUCUUUCUGCAAGUCCUGGAAAGGUGGUUUGUGAAAUGAAAGUUGAAGAAGAACAUACCAAUAAGAUGGGCACUCUACAUGGUGGUCUUACAGCAACUCUGGUAGAUGUUAUAUCUACAAUAGCUUUUAUCAACACAGAGAGGGGAGCACCUGGAGUCAGUGUGGACAUGAACAUAACAUACAUGUCCCCGGCUAAGCUAGGAGAAGAAAUAUUGAUUGCUGCUCAUGUUUUGAAGCAAGGAAAGACUCUUGGCUUUGCAAGUGUGGACCUGACAAACAAGAUCACAGGAAAGUUGGUAGCACAAGGCAGACACACAAAACACCUAGGAAGCUAAAAAAAAAAAAAAAAAAAAAAAAGCAAAAUUUUCUCAAUAUUUUGUCCUUCAAGAAUCAACUGAUCAUUAUAUCAUUGUAUUUGCAUUUGAACAAAUAGCUUACUUUUAAAAGCUUAACUUUGAAAAUAAAUUCAUUGUAUUUGCAUUUGAACAAAUAAGCUUACUUUUAAAAGCUUAACUGAAAAUAAAGUCGAUUGUUACAUUCUGGGGAAACUACUCAAAAGCAAAGACUGUAUAUCUAAAGUUGAAGCAGUACAUCCAGCAGGGAAUACUGUGGUGGGGUGCCAUAAAAUUAAUAUUAAGUUUUGUACAAAUGUAUGCAGGGAGUGGUUCCUUUUAGUUCUACAACUCAAAAAAUAUAAGUGGCAGAGUUCCUCUUGGAGUCAAGAAAAUCUGGCUUCAAAUCCUGUUUCACAUACUAGUAGAUAUGUGAUCCUACACAAAUUAUUUUCAUUUCUCAGCCUAGUUCACCCUCUGUAAGAUGAUAAUAGCACCUACCCAACAAAGUUGUGAAGCUCUAAUGAUUUUUUUAAAGCAUAGAAAUAACAGUAAAAGAAAAACUAAUCUAGGCUUAUAGUGUAAAAACAGUAACAGGAACUGGUUCACCAAUUUCUUUAAUAGAGAACUCACAGUGAAGAAACACCUACCAAUAGUGAUUUGCAACUUCAUUCUUGGGAAGUUGCCUGGUUCAGCUGGAGAGGUUAAAUGACUUACCCAGAGUCAUGUAGAGCAAGAAGCAAGACCUAAAUCCAACUCUUCAUAGCUUUGAUGGGAACUCUCAUCUUUUAUACCAGCCUACCUCUCAACAAUUUGCCAUAACCAACCUUUGUGUAUUUCACAGAAAUACAAAGUCAAAUAGCUUUCACCUAUUUUAUUUAGAUCUCUGUUUUUCCAAUUCCAAACAAAAGCUAAUAUAAAUUUGAAACAGGUAAGCACUAGUUUUUACCCCAAGGGAGCAGGCUUAUACAGAUUUACUCCAAUAAAGUACUUAAACCUUAA